AUGAGAUACAAAUGUAUAACAAACAACUGGAACCAUCCAUCAGUUGUUAAUGACGCAUGUGUCACGUUCACGAUCCACAGUAUCUGGCCAGCGGUUCUUCGACAGGCGACAUAUGGUACCAUCAAGUUUGGUACCUACUACUCCUUGAAGAAGUGGUUCGCGAACAGACGGGCAGGGGGAGGAGGGGACGGCGGCGGCGGAGGGGGGGAGAGUGUCACCACAGACACGCUGUGUGCAGCGCUGGCCGGGGGGCUGUCUAGUGCGAUCGCCAACCCUACUGAUGUACUUAAAGUACGGAUGCAGGUGGGCGAUGAAAAGCGUCACCUGGUCCGGUGUUUCAUGGAGAUGUACCGUGUGGAGGGUGUGCGCGGGUUGUGGCGCGGCGUGGGGCCCACGUCCCAGCGCGCGGCCCUCAUCGCGGCGGUGGAGCUGCCCGUGUAUGACGGCUGUAAGAGACGCCUCACGCCCGCGCUCGGGGACUCGCCUCUCAACCACCUCGCCUCCAGCGCACUGGCCAGUCUUGGCAGCGCCGUCGCCAGCACGCCGCUGGACGUCAUAAGGGUAAUACCUGACUUGCAAAUAACUAGGGACUAA